GACAGCCUCGCCUCGCCUCGCCCCGCCCGCUCGCUUUACGGCAGUGUCGCUCCGCGCCGGCUCUUCGCGGCAACGGAACCGGCGGGCCGGAAGGCAGGUGCUCGAACUGGGUUUUGAUUUCUCAUCCUAUGGAUCACUGAAUGAAUAACAGAUGGCCUUGCCUCGUCUUACAGGCGCUUUACGCUCCUUUUCAAAUGUCACUAAACAUGAGGAUUACAGUGAAGAAUUAGCUGACUUAAGGACUAAAAGAUCAAAGCUGCACGCACAGUUGCUGAAGUCUGAUCUUACUUGGAAGAAGAUAAUAAAGUUUGUUGAUGACAAUUUGGGCAAAAAAGAGCACCAAACUGUAAAUGGUGAUUUAAAAGCUAUAUUACAAGCUGCACAACAAAUAGUUGGAGCUGAAAAUGGACAAGAAGCGAUUGAAAGUGGAGCUGUUUUUCUAUUUAAGACAUUUCACAAGAAAGAAUGUGUUGGCCACGAUGAGACAAAGGCAAUCAAGCAGAUGUUUGGGCCAUUUCCAUCGUCAUCUGCUACUGCAGCUUGUAAUGCCACAUGUCGGAUUGCUUCUCACUUCACUGAAGAACAGCUUACAGCCCUCAUACAGAUGGCUGAAGAGCAAAGUGAUGAAAACAGAGUGGUCUUUGGUAAAAAUAUAGUGUUUUCAUUUGACAUGCAUGAUUUGGAUCACUCUGAGGAGCUGCCUGUGAAUGGCGAGGCCGACGCACAGAAUACUAUAAGCUUAGAUUAUAACAAAUUUGUGAAUAACCAGCUGAAUCACUUGCAGAAUUACUGUGGUGAGAAAUCUGAUCUCAAGUCUUUGGAAAAAGUAGAUGAUUCUUUCUUAUGGAGUGAAGUCGGAAAGUAUCUGAAUGAAUCUCAAGGGGGUACCCAUGGAGGGCCAACAACAGAAGACCUCUGCUGUACUUUGUAUGAGAUGCUUGCUUCUACCAAAAGUGGCGAUGAACUUCAAAAUGAGUUAUUUGAGCUGUUAGGCCCUGAAGGUUUUGAACUCAUAGAGAAACUCCUACAGAAUAGAUCUGUGAUUCUGGAAAGAUCUUUGACUUGUCCAAAUGAUAACAGGUUCCAGACUCUGCAAGAACAGUGCAAGAAGUUUAUAGGAGAAAAUGCUAAGCCCAAUUAUGGUUGUCAAGUUACAAUUCAGUCAGAACAAGAAAGGCUGUUAAUGAAACAAUAUCGUCGCGAGGAAAAGCGAAAUGCCAGAAAAGAAAAACAAACUGGGGAAGAUGCAGAAGUUUCUGGAGAAGGACUAACGUGCUUUGAUCCCAAAGAGCUGCGGAUGCAAAGAGAGCUAGCACUUUUGAAUGCUCGAAGUAUGCCAGUCCUAGGUAGACAGAGAGAGAUGGAGUUUGAAAAAAUUCAUUAUCCACAUGUUUAUGAUUCCCGAGCUGAAGCUAUGAAAACAUCAGCAUUCAUUGGAGGUGCAAAGGUGAUCUUACCAGAGGCAGUUCAGAGAGAAAAUAAUAAAAUGUAUGAAGAGGUAAAGAUCCCACAUAGUGAACCAAUGCCUAUUGGUAUUGAAGAGAAAAUUGUUUAUAUUAAAGACUUAGAUGAGAUUGGACAACUUGCUUUUAAAGGCAUGAAAAGACUAAACCGAAUCCAAUCUAUAGUUUUUGAGACUGCCUACAACACGAAUGAGAACAUGCUAAUCUGUGCCCCCACUGGAGCUGGGAAGACUAACAUUGCCAUGCUGACAAUCCUUCAUGAAAUUCGCCAGCAUGUUCAGCAUGGCGUUAUCAAAAAGGAUGAGUUUAAGAUUGUGUAUGUUGCUCCUAUGAAGGCUUUGGCAGCAGAAAUGACAAAUUACUUCAGCAAGCGACUGGAACCACUAGGCAUUACUGUGAAAGAGUUGACUGGUGAUAUGCAGCUGUCAAAAGGUGAAAUUCUGCGAACACAGAUGCUUGUGACUACUCCAGAGAAAUGGGAUGUUGUGACAAGAAAAAGUGUUGGUGAUGUAGCCCUCUCUCAGAUGGUUAAACUCUUGAUUCUUGAUGAAGUUCAUCUGUUACAUGAAGAUAGAGGACCAGUACUUGAAAGUAUAGUAGCACGUACUUUACGGCAGGUUGAAUCUACGCAAAGUAUGAUUAGGAUUUUGGGCCUUUCAGCUACAUUACCCAAUUAUCUGGAUGUUGCUACAUUUCUACACGUCAAUCCCUAUAUUGGACUAUUCUACUUUGAUGGCCGUUUCCGACCUGUACCACUGGGGCAAACCUUUAUAGGAAUUAAGACAACCAAUAAGGUGCAACAACUGAAUCAUAUGGAUGAAGUAUGUUAUGAAAAUGUGCUGAAGCAAAUAAUGGCUGGACACCAGGUGAUGGUGUUUGUUCAUGCUAGAAAUGCCACAGUACGAACUGCUAUGGGUCUUCGAGAAAAAGCAAAAAACAAUGGUCAUAUUUGUCACUUUUUAUCACCCCAAGGAUCAGAUUAUGGUCAAGCUGAAAAACAGGUACAGAGAUCCAGAAAUAAGCAGUUACGUGAGCUGUUUCCAGAUGGAUUUAGUAUUCAUCAUGCAGGAAUGCUGCGGCAAGACAGAAAUCUGGUUGAGAACUUGUUUUCUAAUGGACGUAUCAAAGUCCUGGUUUGUACAGCUACGCUCGCCUGGGGUGUCAAUCUUCCUGCUCAUGCUGUUGUUAUUAAGGGAACACAAAUAUAUGCUGCAAAAAGAGGCUCCUUUGUUGACCUUGGAAUUCUAGAUGUCAUGCAGAUAUUUGGUCGAGCUGGACGGCCUCAGUUUGACAAAUUCGGAGAAGGCAUCAUUAUUACAACUCAUGAUAAACUCAGUCAUUACUUGACUCUUCUUACUCAGCAGAAUCCAAUUGAAAGCCAGUUUCUCGAAAGCCUUGCAGACAACCUAAAUGCAGAGAUUGCUCUUGGAACAGUAACUAAUGUGGAAGAAGCAGUAAAGUGGAUAAGUUACACUUAUCUUUAUGUACGGAUGAGAGCAAACCCAUUAGUAUAUGGCAUCAGUCACAAAGCUUAUCAGAUGGAUCCAGGUCUAGAAAAGCACAGAGAACAACUGGUAAUUGAAGUCGGCAGGAAACUGGACAAAGCCCGUAUGAUUCGUUUUGAAGAGCGAACUGGCUUUUUUUCUUCAACAGAUUUAGGCAGAACUGCCAGCCACUACUAUAUUAAAUACAAUACUAUAGAGACUUUUAAUGAAUUGUUUGAUGCGCAUAAAACAGAAGGUGAUAUUCUUGCUAUAGUAUCAAAAGCUGAAGAAUUUGAACAGAUAAAGGUAAGAGAAGAAGAAAUAGAAGAGCUGGAUACCUUACUGAAUGAUUUCUGUGAACUUCCUGCUCCAGGAGGUGUGGAAAACAAUUAUGGAAAAAUUAAUAUCCUCCUUCAAACAUAUAUUAGCAGAGGGGAGAUGGACAGCUUUUCCCUUAUUUCGGAUUCUGCGUAUGUUGCACAGAAUGCAGCUCGUAUUGUUCGAGCUCUUUUUGAGAUUGCCCUUAGGAAACGUUGGCCUGCAAUGACAUAUCGACUACUGAAUCUCAGCAAAGUCAUUGACAAGCGGCUGUGGGGCUGGGUUAGCCCUUUGAGACAGUUCUCAGUGUUACCACCAUCAGUCCUUUCAAAGUUGGAAGAGAAGAAUCUCACUAUAGACAAGAUGAAGGACAUGAGGAAAGAUGAAAUAGGUCAUAUGCUGCAUCAUGUGAAGAUUGGGUUAAAGGUAAAACAGUGUGUCCAUCAAAUCCCCUCCAUAAUAAUGGAAGCAACAAUUCAGCCAAUAACCCGUACGGUCCUCCGAGUUCGGCUGAACAUCACUCCUGACUUCACAUGGAAUGAUCAGGUACACGGCACUGUUGGAGAGCCCUGGUGGAUUUGGGUGGAAGACCCUACUAAUGAUCACAUUUACCAUUCAGAGUACUUCAUCGUUCAAAAAAAACAGGUCAUUACUAAAGAACCUCAACUGCUGGUGUUCACAAUCCCGAUUUUUGAACCUCUACCAUCUCAAUAUUACAUUCGAGCUGUGUCUGAUAGAUGGUUAGGAGCAGAGGCUGUAUGCAUUAUAAAUUUUCAACAUUUGAUUCUUCCAGAGAGACAUCCUCCACACACGGAGCUUCUAGAUCUUCAGCCUUUGCCUAUCACAGCCUUGGGACAUCGGGAAUAUGAAGCCCUGUACAAAUUCACACACUUCAACCCUAUUCAGACCCAGAUAUUUCAUACACUUUAUCACACAGACUGUAAUGUUCUUCUUGGAGCUCCGACAGGUUCUGGGAAGACUGUUGCAGCUGAAUUAGCCAUCUUCAGAGUUUUUAACAAGUAUCCCACAUCAAAGGCAGUGUAUAUUGCACCCUUAAAAGCACUCGUUCGUGAAAGAAUUGAGGACUGGAAAGUUAGGAUUGAAGAAAAACUUGGUAAAAAGGUUGUAGAGUUGACAGGAGAUGUGACUCCUGAUAUGAGAGCUAUCGCCCAAGCUGACCUGAUUGUUACUACCCCAGAAAAGUGGGAUGGUGUUAGCAGAAGCUGGCAGAACAGAAGCUAUGUUCAGAAAGUUUCCAUUCUUAUCAUAGAUGAGAUCCAUCUGUUAGGGGAUGAGAGAGGACCAGUAUUGGAAGUCAUUGUGUCUCGAACAAACUUCAUCUCAUCUCACACAGAGAAGCCUGUAAGAGUAGUUGGUUUAUCCACUGCUUUAGCAAAUGCCAGAGACCUUGCUGACUGGCUAAAUAUUAAUCAGAUGGGUCUGUUCAACUUCCGGCCGUCAGUACGCCCAGUUCCUCUAGAGGUGCAUAUUCAGGGCUUCCCUGGGCAGCAUUACUGUCCUCGCAUGGCUAGUAUGAACAAACCUGCAUUUCAGGCGAUUCGGAGUCAUUCUCCAGCCAAGCCUGUUCUUAUUUUUGUAUCAUCCAGACGUCAGACAAGGCUUACUGCUUUAGAUCUGAUAGCUUUCCUAGCCACUGAGGAUGAUCCCAAACAGUGGCUGAAGAUGGAUGAAAGAGAGAUGAAUGACAUUAUAGCAACAGUUAGAGAUUCAAAUCUGAAGCUGACACUUGCCUUUGGAAUAGGUAUGCACCAUGCAGGUCUGCAUGAAAGAGACAGGAAAACUGUGGAAGAAUUGUUUGUGAACUGCAAAAUCCAGGUUCUUAUUGCCACAAGCACAUUAGCUUGGGGUGUAAAUUUUCCAGCUCAUUUAGUAAUUGUUAAAGGAACAGAAUACUAUGAUGGAAAAACAAGGCGUUAUGUGGAUUAUCCCAUUACAGAUGUGCUUCAGAUGAUGGGACGUGCUGGCAGACCACAGUUUGAUGACCAAGGAAAAGCUGUAAUUCUAGUUCAUGAUAUUAAGAAAGACUUCUACAAAAAAUUCCUUUAUGAACCUUUCCCAGUGGAAUCAAGCUUGUUAGAAGUGCUGGCUGACCACUUGAAUGCUGAAAUUGCUGCUGGAACUGUUACUUCUAAGCAGGAUGCAAUGGAUUAUAUCACCUGGACUUAUUUCUUCCGUAGACUUAUAAUGAACCCAACUUACUAUAACUUGGAUGAUGUGAGCCAUGACACUAUGAAUAAGUACCUCUCAAGCCUUGUUGAGAAAUCCCUCUUUGAUUUGGAAUGCUCCUACUGUAUUGAAAUUGGGGAGGAUAAUUGCAGUAUUGAACCUCUGGCAUAUGGCCGCAUUGCUUCCUAUUACUAUUUGAAGCAUCCAACUAUUGGAAUGUUCAAAGAUCAGUUGAAACCUGAAAACAACAUUGAAGAAUUGCUCUUAAUUCUGACAAAUGCUGAGGAGUACACAGAUUUGCCAGUGAGACACAAUGAAGAUCAGAUGAACAGUGAACUGGCAAAACAUCUUCCAAUUGAAGUCAACCCCCAUUCAUUUGACAGUUCACACACAAAAACACACCUCCUGCUGCAAGCCCACUUCAGUCAUGCCAUGCUGCCUUGCCCAGAUUAUGCAACUGAUACAAAGACGGUGCUGGACCAAGCAAUUAGAAUAUGUCAGGCAAUGUUGGAUGUCGCAGCGCACCAUGGCUGGUUGGUGACUGCUCUGAAUAUAACCAAUCUGGUGCAGAUGGUGGUUCAGGGUAGAUGGAUACACAACUCUUCCCUGCUUACUUUGCCCAAUAUAGAGCUACAACACCUCUACCUUUUUCGGAAGUGGAGCCAAGGCAAAAGGAAGAGCGUGCGUGGAGGUUACCAAGGACCUAUUGAGUGUCUUCCUGAACUAAUGGCUGCCUGUGAAGGAAAAGAGCAUGUUUUUGCUUCCAUUGUGGAUGGUGAAUUGCAAACAGCCCACAUUUCACAGGCUUGGAAUUUCCUGUGCCGUUUGCCAAUUCUAAACGUCAGCCUGAGCAUUAAGGGCUGCUGGGAUGACCCAGCUCAACCACAGAACGAAGUGCCUGUUCCUUCUUUGACAACAGACACAAGAGAUGACAAAAGAUGGAUCAAAUUGCAUGCUGAUCAAGAGUAUGUGCUCCAAAUAAAUCUGCAGAGAACCCAGAUGGGGUAUCAGGGAAAGCAGGACAGUAAAGCAGUGGCUCCUCGAUUCCCCAAAGUUAAAGAUGAAGGAUGGUUUUUGAUAUUAGGAGAAGUCGAUAAAAAAGAACUUAUUGCCCUGAAAAGAACUGGAUAUGUCAGAAAUCGAAAUACUGUUUCUGUUGCUUUUUAUACACCAGAAACCCCUGGAAAGUGUAUCUACACAUUGUAUCUCAUGAGUGACAGUUACCUGGGCAUGGACCAACAGUAUGAUAUUUACCUGAACAUUAUACCAGCUAGUACAUCAGCACAAGUCACUGCAGAGGUGUCUGAUACUCUGAGUCACCUGGCUCUGGAGUAAGGUGAUCUGAAAGGCCCAUCCAAAAGGACUGGUCUUCCAGUCAGACAUCCGGUCAUUCUGGACACGCAAAAAUGUGUUUGCCUUAGUGGAACCAACUUCAAACCUCAAGACAACUAGGAAAUUCAAAUUGACUACUGUAUUGACUCUGGUAGCACAGAGUUAGCCACAGUGGCCUUAUUCCUUUAUGAAGAGUUGUCUUUUCUUGUUUCAUCUUUCUCCUCUCAGAAAUCAUAUUGUUGAUUCAAUUUUGACACAUCAAAAUAAAAGACUAAAAGAUAUUGUAAUUUGUGCAAAUUUAGGGCUAAAAUCUUCAUUUUGAGAAGUGUCCUGUAGCCUAUGUACUGAUGUAGCUUAAGUAGACAGGUUUUUUAAUCUGUAGGGAAAAAGACAAAAUUUGAUCUAAGAACUGCUGAAAACAGACAGAUGUGUUAUAUUUCAUGUUUAAUAAAAAUAUGUCCAUAAGAA